GCGCAGCGAAAGAGCUCUAACCGAGCAAUGCGGCUGUGGCUAGGGGGCGGGCACGCGCGCUCCUGGCUCCUCCCCCUGGUGGCGCGCCUCUCCCUCUCCCUGGGAUUGGGCUCUAGCAGCGCGUGCCCCUGUGAGGACCUCGCGCUCUGCAACCCCGUGUCAGCCACCAGGGGCUUCGAGGUCUUUGUAUUUGAUGUUGGUGGGAAGACCUGGAAAUUCUAUGACUGGUCACAGAUCACAACGGUGGCGAUAUUUGGAAAAUACGAUUCUGAGCUCAUGUGUUAUGCUCAUUCAAAAGGAUCCAGGGUAGUUUUAAAGGCAGGCAUUGUCUUAGGAGUGGCAUUCUAUCUUGUACGUGAGGAAAGAGCGCAUAUUUCUUCUAUGGUAUUGUUCUCUGAAGGAAACGUAUCUGAGAAGGAAAUUGUUUUCCCAGCACGCCGAGCAGCCUGGAUAAAGCAAAAGAUAGACAUUGCCAAAAACCAGCAUAUGGAUGGAAUCAAUAUAGACAUUGAACAGAGGGUGAAAAGAAAGUCAUCUGAAUAUUAUGCAUUAACAGCUUUGGUCAAGGAAACAACAGAAGCUUUUCACAAAGACAUUCCAGGAUCACAGGUAACAUUUGAUGUAUCCUGGUCCCCAGAGUGCACAAACCAUGACAGAUGUUACAACUACACUGGGAUUGCUGAUUCUUGUGAUUUUGUAUUUGUGAUGUCUUAUGAUGAAGGGAAUCAAGUGGGGUCAAAGUGCAUAGCAAGAGCCAAUGCUCCAUAUAAUCAGACCAUAUCUGGAUACGACAGUUACAUUCGCAUGGGCAUCAGUCCAAAGAAGCUUGUGAUGGGUGUUCCAUGGUAUGGCUAUGAUUAUACCUGUCUCAGCUUAUCUAAGGCUCACGUUUGCUCCUUUGCAAAACUCCUUUCUCAACGACUUCCAUGCAGUAAGGCAUCAGGACAUCAAGUCUCAUAUAAAAUAAUAAUGAACUCAGAAACGAAUUCUCUUUCUGGGAUCCUGUGGGAUAAAGAACAGAAAGCUCCAUAUUUGGAAUACAAGGACACAAAUGGUACUUUUCAUCAAGUAUGGUUUGAUGAUCCCAGGAGCAUUUCUCUGAAAACAGCAUAUGUGAAAGAACGUGGUUUAAGGGGUAUCGGUAUGUGGCAUGCAAACUGUCUUGAUUACUCCAGAGGCUCUGCUGCACAAGAACAAACAAAAGUAAUGUGGGAAGCCUUGAAGCCAAAGUAACUUAUGGGAGAGUGAUUUAGUAUUUGGGCAGCCAUGAAUUACUUAUUCUCUUACAAGGCACAGAAUGCAGGAAUUUAGUCAAAGUGUAUAUUGUCCUUUUUCCCACUGCUGUGCUGUCAUUUAAAGUUACAUAUACUAUUAUUCUAAUGGAUUCUAGUUGUUACUUAUUUGUUCAGUUUUCUAUGAUAAAGUAACCUUAUUUAUGUUAACUUAAGAUCAGUGGAAGAAAGCUAGCAUGGUAAACAAAAAUAACAAAUAUUUUAUAGGGACAGUUGGAGCUUAACUCUUGACUUCAAGUGUAUAUCCUAUGAAAUAGGAUGUGGAGAUGCUACUCAAUGUAAAUAAAAUACUAAAUAGCACAUGUGAAAACCAUGUGAAGACAGGAUUCAUGAUACAUGGGCUUAUCCCUCAUGCCAGUCAGGUCAGGCAGGAUCUCAACGUUCCAAGACAUUACAACCCAUUUUCCACAUACAGACAAAAGCAAUGAAAACUCUGUUAUUUGCAAAGGGAGAGAAAGGAAUUAAGAUUUCACUCAUGAACUAUUUGUGGUUUCCCUUGCUUAAUUCAA